GGUGCUGGCGCUGUUCGCCGGGACGUGCGGCCUGCUGCUGCUGGUGGGGUCGGGCCGCUGGUGCCGGCGCCCGGGCGAGGACGAGGCCGAGGCGUCAGCGGCGCUGCCUGCGGCGGCGGCUGCGCACGGCCACCUGCAGAACGGCGCGGUGCUCAUGCUGGUCACCAGCAAGGAGAACGCCGACCCCAUGGAGGGCGUGGUGCUGCGCGCCAAGGACCACCACCCGCCGCCCGUCACCUUCCUGCACCACCCGCACCACCGCUUCCCGCCCGACGCGUGGGACCCGCC